AUGGCGGUCAUUGCGCCGUCCGCGCGCGUGUCGCUGCUGCUCGCCGCGGUACUCGCCUGCGCGCUCCUCGCCACCAGGCAUGCCACCGCCGCCGAGGCCCCCGCUCCCGCGCCCGGCGGCUUCGGGUGCAACCCGCUCAAGGACAAGACGUGCAAGCCGGGAGACCCCAAGGCGCCGGAGAACCAGGAGGAGGAGGGCGGCUUCGGCGCGAGGUUUCCGGGACUGCCGACGCUGCCCAUUCCCGGCAUCGGCAAGAUCGACCGCGACGGCGAUGGCGACACCGACGAGGACGACGAGCUGCCGUCGUUCGACACCCACAUGACCAUCCUCGGCCACUGA